AUUUAAAGAGCCAACUAGUGUCUGGAAUUAAACAUCUCAAAUAUCAGAAUACCCCUCUAGAGAAAGCACCCCUCCAAAAUAAAAAAUUCAGUAGCCAUGAAUGUGAAAAUUGAGAGUUCAAGAAUCAUCAAGCCACUGUAUGAAGGAACUCCACCUUCAACCAUAACUCAUAUUCCUUUCAAUGUCUUCGACAAUGUGACAUUUGAUGCUCUAAUGGCUUUAAUUUAUGCCUAUAGACCACCUACCCCUCCAACAUCCACUAUCGAAACCGGCCUUCGAAAGACCUUAGCGGUCUAUCGAGAGUGGGCCGGUCGAAUAGGGGAAGACGAACACGGUCAUCGAGGAGUUUUUCUCAACGAUGAAGGUGUUCGAUUCAUUGAGGCGUCCGUGGAUGCUUCGUUGGACGAAGUAUUGCCCUUAAAGCCCUCUCCUUCUAUGCUCUCCUUACAUCCUAGUUUAAAUGAUGUAGUGGAGUUGAUUCAAGUACAAGUCACACGUUUCACGUGUGGCUCCGUGGUGGUUGGAUUCACCGGCCACCACAUGAUUGCUGACGGCCACGCGGCAAGCAAUUUCUUCGUCGCAUGGGGUCAAGCUUGUCGUGGAAUGGAAAUUACUCCACUCCCAAUGAACGACCGCGCUAUCUUCCGCCCUCGUGACCCUCCACUUAUCGAAUACAACCACGUGGGGGCUGAAUUUGUGUCCAAAUUGGUCAACAAAGAGUUAACCAAAGUCAACAAUGAAAAUAAAGAGAGAAGCAUCAUAGUUCACAAAGUGCAUUUCACCUUGGAGUUCCUAGGGAAACUCAAGGCAAAUGCAUCAUUCAUGAAUGGGAAGGCCAAGGCAUAUAGCACGUUCGAAAGUCUAAUAGCCCAUUUGUGGAGGGUUAUUACGAAAUCGCGUGAGAUAAACGCGUCCCAAAAUACUCAAAUAAGAAUUUCAGUUGAUGGACGUAGAAGAAUUAUACCUAGAGUACCAGAUGAAUUUUUUGGUAACAUAGUACUAUGGGCAUUUCCAACAUCAAAAGUGAAGGACUUACUAGAUGAGCCACUUCACUAUGCAACAAAGAUUAUACAUGAUGCAAUUACUAAAAUUGAUGACAAAUAUUUCAAGUCAUUUAUUGACUUUGCAAAUCAUAAAGUGACAGAAGAUUUAAUACCAAGUGCUGAUAUGAAGAAGGAUUCAUUAUGUCCAAAUUUGGAAGUCGAUAGUUGGUUGAGGUUUCCAUUUUAUGACUUGGAUUUUGGUACUGGUUGCCCAUUUGUGUUUAUGCCAUCUUACUAUCCAACAGAAGGGAUGAUGUUUCUUGUGCCAUCAUUUAUUGGAGAUGGAAGCAUUGAUGCUUUUAUUCCUUUAUAUGAAGACAAUUUGCCUACUUUCAAGAAAAUUUGUUAUUCUCUUGAUUUGAAAGCAAAAUGAGAAGAGUAGUUAUGAGGUUUGUGGGGAAAAAAAGAGUUGUGGGCUAAGUUCUUGGUAUAUUGAGUUUUAACACUUUGGUUAGUUAUAUUAUUAUUUUGAGAAUUGUCAUGUUGAUGAUCCAAUAUUUUGUAGAAGUGUGAGUUGUACUUAAUUUCUUGAGUUUAUGUUAUUGUAGAAUUCUUGGUUGUUUUUCUUCUA